UCGGCGAUAAAUGGAAGAUGAUGAAACCCCUCCAUUAUCAACUAAAAAUAAGGGAGAACUGUUUAAUCAUUAGGAAUCCAUGUGAAACCCCUCUCCCAGGUUUCUUUUUUUUACACACCCUUCACUAGUUUCCUACCUGCGGCCACAAUAAGAGUGUAACAACACAAAUUUCUAUUUUCUUGCGAGUUUUAACGGCUAUAAAUUUCGGGAUCACAUCUAGAUUCUUCCAAAAUUCGGAACCGUUAGAUAUUUUUCCUCCUUAAAAGACAGAAGGAGAACAAUAUCGCAGGCAAAUAGAGUAAUAGUUCCUCCACUCUCGAAGAAAAUUAGGGUUUCCUCUGUUCAAAUCACAAGAUUGAGUUGUAAGGAAGUGAUGUCGGAAUAUGAGAAUGUUGUUGUUGGGAACCUGAAGCUUAAAGGGAAAGCACUCGAUGUGAAGGCGGGAGGGUUAAAGAAGAAAAAGAAACAAAAGAAGGUGCAUUAUGAACGAAUUGCUGAAAUGAAAGAAAGUGAGCUCUCAACAGGUAGUGGAGGCACUGGAUUGUCCGCAGAUGCUGUUGAGGAGGAUGCAAACGAGACCAAUGAGUUAGGACAGAAAGAGCGUCCUGCUAGUAUCAAUGAUCAUCUCACACCAGCUGAGAGGCGCUAUAUUGAGCAAAGGGAAAGAAUCGAUGUCCGCAGGCUGGCAAAGACUUCAAACAAAUCUCACCGUGAUCGCAUUCAAGACUUCAAUCAGUAUCUGGCAAACAUGAGUGAGCACUACGACAUUCCUAAAGUUGGUCCCGGCUAAGAACUCUGCAGAGAACCUCAUCUGUGUAAAGACAGUGAUAUUACUGUUAGAACUCUUGGUCUUGAUAACAUUACACUACUUUUUUCUAUGAUGUUUACACUUCAUUUCUUUGGUUGGCGAACUUCAUGCAUCUCUUAGAUGGCUAGUCCAUGUUGGUUGGCUUGUUUAUGGUAUGAUAAAACUCCUCCAUAUGAAAAUGUUUAUGUACCAUAAUGGACUAGUGGACUGUAAGUGAACACCAAUGAUGUUGUAGAUUUCAAACUAUUGACUUAGCAUUAAUUGUGGUAAUUAUGAAGUCA